AAUAUAAAAAGAAUAAUUAUAAAAAGUAAUACAUAUUUUUUUUUUUUUUAAUUCGAGUGUGUUUUUUUGUAAACAAUUGUCUGCCGCAUAAGAAAGACGGAAGUGGAAAAAGCAACAAGACUUCAAAAUGACUUUAAAUCUACGCAUUGCCAUUAUUGGUCAGAGCAAUUUUGCGGCCGACGUAUUGGAACUUCUAUUGGAGCGUCGGAAUGUGGAAGUGGUGGGCGUCUUCACGAUACCCGAUAAAGGUAGUCGCGAGGACAUUUUGGCGACCACUGCCAGUCUCCAUCGCAUACCUGUGUUCAAGUUUGCCAGCUGGCGCCGCAAAGGCAUCGCCUUGCCCGAAGUUCUGGAGCAAUACAAAUCGGUCGGCGCUACUCUGAAUGUGCUGCCCUACUGCUCCCAGUUCAUACCCAUGGAGGUUAUCGAUGGAGCGCCUCUGGGCAGCAUUUGUUAUCAUCCAUCGAUAUUGCCGCGUCAUCGUGGUGCCAGCGCCAUUUCCUGGACCCUCAUCGAGGGCGAUGAAGUAGCUGGUUUCAGCAUCUUUUGGGCCGAUGAUGGUCUGGACACGGGCCCAUUGCUGCUACAGAAGCAAACCGUUUUAGAGCCCACCGACACCUUGGACAGCAUCUACAAGCGUUUCCUAUAUCCGGAGGGCAUCAAGUCAAUGGGCGUGGCUGUGGAUAUGGUAGCCGCCGGUACAGCCCCGAAAAUUGCCCAAACCGAAGUGGGCGCCACCUAUGACCCAGCCAUGUUCAAGGUGGAAAAUCAAAUGCUGAACCUUCAACAGCCUGCGGCCAAUAUUUGGAAUUUUGUGCGUGGUCUGGACUCGGUACCGGGCGCCAUUGCGACAGUUAUCGAGCAGGAUGGCACCGAACAGCAAGUGAGACUCUUUGGCGCACAUCUUUAUUCUGCAGGUGCUCCAAAAGCGGGUCGGGCGUUGCGCCUCAAAGGUCUGGACAAGCCCGCUUGGGUGCACGAGGGUGGUCUCCUCAUUGAGGGCACCGAUGGACAGUUCGUAAAUGUGCGCCGCCUCAAGCGGGGCGCUAAAAUGAUCAAUGCAUCGGACUGGUUUAAGCUGGAGCAGGUGCAACAGCUGCAGGACUUCAGCGAGGAUGAGUUGGCCAAGCGGGAGUUGCUGAGCAACAUCUGGCAGGCCAUACUAAAGCUGCCCAUUGAGAGCAAUACGGAUUUCUUUGCCGCCGGCGCCGGUUCUAUGGAUGUGGUUCGUCUAGUGGAGGAGUGCAAGGAUGCCUUCGAUGUGCCAUUGGAGAACGAGCACGUCUUCAUGGCACCCGUCUUCGAGGAGUUCUUUGUGGAGCUUGUGAGAGCGUUGCGUCAAGGCAGCGCCGGUGGUGCGCAGCAGGUGAGCUUUGAGGGAUUUACGCUGCGCGCCAAUAAGCGUGAAAUUCCAGUGCCCACCCAACUCUUCUACGGCGGAGAGUUCGUUGAUGCGAAGAAUAAACAAACUUUGGACAUUAUAAAUCCGACGGACGAGCAAUUGCUGUGCAAAGUGGCCUGCGCCUCCAAGGAGGAUGUGGAUGAGGCUGUCAAGGCAGCCCACACGGCAUUCCAUGGCGCCUGGAAGCAGGUUUCGGCGCGCCAACGUGGUCAGUUGAUGCUCAAGCUGGCCGACCUCAUGGAGCAGCACAAGGAAGAGUUGGCCACCAUUGAGUCUGUGGAUUCGGGAGCGGUUUAUACGCUGGCCCUUAAAACCCACAUUGGCAUGUCGAUCGAUGCGUGGCGCUACUUUGCGGGCUGGUGCGAUAAAAUUCAAGGCAACACCAUACCCGUUAACCCCGCCCGACCCAACAAUGUGCUAACCUUUACGCGAAAGGAACCCAUCGGUGUGUGUGGUCUCAUUACACCCUGGAACUAUCCGCUGAUGAUGCUGUCGUGGAAAAUGGCCGCCUGCAUUGCCGCGGGCAACACUUGUGUGAUAAAGCCCGCCCAGACCUGUCCACUCACUGCUCUCAAAUUUGCGGAGCUAACGGUGAAGGCCGGCUUUCCACCGGGCGUCAUUAAUGUCGUGCCCGGCAUGGGCAGUCAGGCCGGACAGGCUGUGGCGGAUCACGAGCUGGUCCGCAAAUUGGGAUUCACCGGCUCCACCCCAGUGGGCAAACACAUUAUGCGUUCGUGUGCCAAUUCAAAUCUGAAGAAAUGCUCAUUGGAAUUGGGCGGCAAGAGUCCACUCAUCAUCUUCGCCGACUGUGAUCUCGACAAGGCUAUCAAGCAUGGCAUGUCCUCAGUCUUCUUCAAUAAAGGUGAGAACUGCAUUGCAGCAGGCCGUCUCUUUGUCGAGGAUCGCAUACACGAUGAGUUCGUGCGUCGUGUUUUAAAGGAUCUGCGCACCAUGACCAUUGGUGACCCCCUGAAUCGCUCCACAGCCCAUGGUCCACAGAAUCACAAGGCGCAUUUCGAUAAGCUGCUGGAGUUCUGCGAUCGUGGCGUCCAAGAGGGCGCAACUCUUGUCUAUGGUGGCUGCCGAGUACCGAACCUAAAGGGUUACUUCUUUACGCCGACGGUCUUCACCAAUGUGGAGGAUCAUAUGUUUAUAGCCCAAGAGGAGUCCUUUGGACCCAUCAUGAUCAUCUCCAAGUUUAAUGGCAGCGAUAUCGAUUCUGUGAUGCAACGUGCCAAUCGCACGGAAUAUGGACUGGCCAGCGGAGUCUUCACCAAGGAUAUAAGCAAGGCUCUGGGCUUUGCCGAUCGUAUCGAAGCCGGCACCGUGUUUAUCAAUGUCUAUAACAAGACUGAUGUGGCCGCACCAUUUGGUGGCUUCAAGCAGAGCGGUUAUGGCAAGGAUUUGGGUCAGGAAGCGCUCAAUGAGUAUCUCAAGACCAAAUGCGUGACAAUUGAAUAUUGAGUGGAGAAUUUUAUACUCGCGAGAGCUGAAGGAAAACAAAAGACUUGAUAUCCAUUCUAGUAGUUUUAAGCACCUAUCUAUAGAUGUAGACUCACAAUUGUAAAUAUCAUCGUUUAAAUAUACUUAUAAUAAUAAUAAUAAUA